AUGAGCGCCGCGGAGUGCUCCCCCGCCGCGCUCGCCGCGGCCGCCGCCUCCGCCGACGAGGCGCUGCUCGAGCGGCUGCGCGAGAGGCAGCGGCAGGUGCGAGUCGUCCCCGCCGGCCUGCCGCAGCCCGUCCAGGUGCAGCUGGCACUGGAGCGGCCGCUCGCGGGGCUGAUCGCGAUGCAGCGCCGGCUGCGCGCCGAGGUCCUCUCCCACGCCGACGGCUCCGCGCUCCUCGACGACGCCGACGCCGCUCUGCGCUUGGUGCGGCGCGACCUCUUCGAGAAGGAGAUGGCCGAAGGCAGGCUGCUCGAGGACGGGUCGCCCCCCUUCAACGUGGCCGUGACGACGUACGAGCUCAUCAUGAAGGACAAGCAGCGGCUCAAGAGGUUCGCCUACCAGUACAUCAUCAUCGACGAGGGGCACCGCAUGAAGAACGCCGCCUCCAAGCUCUCCGCCACGCUCAUGCAGUACGAGAGCGCGCACCGCGUCCUCCUCACCGGCACGCCCCUCCAAAACAACCUGCACGAGCUCUGGGCGCUGCUCAACUUUUUGCUGCCCAAGAUCUUCGCCUCGGCCGACUCGUUCGAGACGUGGUUCUCGGCGCCGCUCGCCGAGCGCGCGGGCGGCGCGUCGGCGCAGGAGGAGAUGGCGAUGAACGAGGAGGAGUCACUGCUCGUCAUCAACCGGCUGCACCAGGUAUGGGGAGAUAUGGGGAGAUAUGGGGAGGAGUCACUGCUCGUCAUCAACCGGCUGCACCAGGUAUGGGGAGAUAUGGGGAGAUAUGGGGAGGAGUCACUGCUCGUCAUCAACCGGCUGCACCAGGUAUGGGGAGAUAUGGGGAGAUAUGGGGAGGAGUCACUGCUCGUCAUCAACCGGCUGCACCAGGUGCUGCGCCCCUUUCUGCUGCGGCGGCUCAAGUCGGACGUCGAGGCGCAGCUGCCCGACAAGGCGGAGUACGUGGUCAAGUGCGAGCUGUCGCCGAUGCAGAAGCUCAUGUACCGCCAGAUCCAGGACCAGGGCCUCUGCUCGGUCGGCGCGGCCGGGCAGCUCAAGGUCUGCAACCACCCAUACCUCUUCUUCUCCCCCGAGCAGCUCGACCAGCUCGGCGACGACGCGAACCUGCUCUGGCGCAGCUCGGGCAAGUUCGAGCUCCUCGACCGCAUCCUGCCAAAGCUGCAGGCGCUCGGCCACCGCGGGAGGGGCGUACGACGUUCGGAGGAGUCAUCACUCAGUCACGAACAGGCGCUCGGCCACCGCGUGCUCAUCUUCUCGCAGAUGGUGCAGCACGAGGAGCUGCCCGAGUGGCUCCGCCAGGCGGAGACGCUGCGCAAGGAGGCGGAGGAGGAGGCGGCGAGGGGAGGGGGCGAGGACAAAGAGCUGCUUCUCGACGGCCCGCGCGAGCGAGUGUCGUACGUCGGCCAGACGGACCGCGAGUUCACUCGCGAGCUGCUCGCCGAGGCGCGCGAGGAGGACGAGGCGGCGGGGCGGCGGCGGAAGCGCAAGCCCGCAGACGCGCCGGCCGCCGAGGGGGGCGGCGGUGCGGAGGGGGGCGGCAGCAAGGGCAAGCGAGCCAAGCGGCCGAGCGAGGAGGGGGGCGGCAGCCGCGAGGGGGGGAGGGAGAGGGACCAGCCCCUCGCGCGGCGGGCCGGGCUGCCCCCGGCGGACGCGGCGACGACGGAGCGGCUGAAGAAGCUGCUCACGGCCGUCUCCAAGACGCUGCGCGGCGGGCGCAAGGUCGCGGAGCUGUUCCUGCUGCUGCCGACCGAGGAGGAGGCGCCGGGCUACUACGGCCUCAUCAAGCGGCCGGUGAGCAUCAGCUCAAUGAAGGAGUACGAGCUCGACGAGGCGUUCGCCACUAUGGUUGCCAACGCGAAGCGCUACAACGACGAGGGGUCGCAGGUCGCCGCCGACGCGGACGUGCUUGGCACCGCCUACGCCGACGGACGCGCCAGGCUCUUUGCGGAUGCGGCAAAGCUGGAGCCGCUCCCGAGAGGAGGGGGGCGCUGA